CUACAAGGAAACCCGAAGACCUCAGAAAUAUACCAUUGCCAACAAAGCAAGCUCAGUCAUGGCGGGCUCUGAUCCCCACAAGAUGAUGAUCAAAGCUGACAAGCUAUGAGUGUAGAACUGAUGGUAGAAUUGAUUCAUGGAUUGUUGCUUUGCGGUGGCCAUGAUUGUAGAAAAAUGCUGCAAGUGCAGAGUCAACAACUGCUAGGGUCAUACUCUCUUCGUAGUUCAUUGAUUAUAGAGUCCGUUAAAAGAACUGGAACUAAACUUACUCUUACAAGGUGGAGUGCAGACUGGAAAAAUGCUACUGCCCUCUAUGAGCAGGCGGCAAAUGGAUUUAGAGUUGCCAAGGAUUAUGAGAGAGCAAAAGAAGCUUAUGAGAAAGCUUCUAAAGGGCAAGAAAUGCUUUCUUCACCUUGGGAUGCUGCUAAACAUAUGGAAUCUGCCGCCAGUCUAGCAAAGGACCUAAGAAACUGGAAAGAGGUUGAGGACUUCUAUCGAAGGGCAUCUGAAUUGUACAUUGAGUGUGGGAGACCUCAACCUGCAUCAGAUGCUCUAGCGAAGGGAGCCCGUGCAUUGGAAGAGUCCAUGCCGGAAGAAGCAAUUCAGUUAUAUACUGAUGCUUAUACGAUUCUUGAAGAUGAUGGAAGAGAACAAAUGGCCUUUGAUCUAUAUCGUGGUGCUGCCAAUGUGUAUGUAAAACUUGAGAAAUAUACAGAUGCUGCAUCUGUCUUCAUGAGAUUGGGCUUAUCAGCUGACAAAUCUAAUGCUACCAAUACCCAAUGCAAGGCAUAUCUUAGUGCAAUAAUCGUUCAUCUUUAUGCCCAUGAUUUUAAGGAAGCAGAGAAGUGUUAUAACGACUGCUAUCAGAUUGAUGCCUUCGUCAAAAGUGACCAAAAUCGUUGUGCCGCCAAGCUUCUUGCUGCUUACAGAGAAGGAGACGUUGAAGAAAUCAAGCGGCUUGCUAAUUCCAGCACUAUUUCAAAUCUUGACCAUGUGAUUAUCAGGCUUGCAAGGAAACUGCCAACGGGUGAUGUGAGUGCAUUGAAGGUUGAUGGAGCCAAAGAGGAAGAAGAGGAGGCACUAGACGAAAAUGAUCUCACUUGAAUACUGUUACUGCUUGUAUGACGUCUCUUGUGCGUCUGUUUAUAUAUGAUGAGAGAAAGGUUGGCAGCCCCAUUUGAUUGUGUUGACCCGUACAUACAGGUGUUAUAUAAAUAAUUUUAAUUUGUGCUGUUCUUCUUUCUGUUGUA